UUUUUCUAUGUUAAUGAAGCACGUUUUUAAUAUUUAGUCCUAGUAUCUGUGAAAGUAAGUUCGCCGGCUUGAAUAGUAAAAAUGAAUAACGUUUUCAAGACUGCAAUUAAAUUUUAUGGAAUCAGAGCCCUUCUCACGUCUGGUAGAAAUGCCAGAUGGAAUCCGGUUCAAACACAACUCACGAGAAACUUGUGGUAUUUAAAUGACCAAAGUAAAUUGCACUGUUCCCAUAACGUUUUAUGCGGAUGCGGCUGUCGCAGUAGUAGAAAUGCACACACUAAAGCGGAGCGGGAAUUAGUCGAAUUCUUGACCGAAGAGGUGGUGGCUGAAAGGAAGGCGCAGAAACUCAAAACCAUUCCAACCGAGCUCGAUGGUUUCAAAGCGGGCUUAAACGGAGCCGAAGUUACUUUAACCAAGCAAGCAGAUGGUGAAACAGUAAAAAUUAGUUUCAAUGUGAACCACUCAGUUGAUACAGAUGAACCAGAAGUACAUGAGAAUUCAGAUAAGGCAGAUGUGGGUGAAUUGAAAUCCAAACCCGCUUUCAAAAUAGAUCUGGUCAGAGGUGAUACAACUGUCAGCGUGUUGUGUUCAUUCGUGAAUGCAGGUGAAGAAGAUGGAUACAACGACUCAUUCGGUAUAGACGAAAUCAGUAUUUACAAUGGGGAGUGGAACGAACACGUUUAUUCAGUAUCUGGGGAAGUCUUGGAUUCGUAUUUAUAUGACCUGAUUUUGAAUUAUUUGGAGGAAAAAGGAAUCACAAAUGAGUUUGUAGAAAAAUUAUCCAACUACAGCACAGCUUAUGAACAUUCUGCUUACAUCAGCCUUCUCGAAAGCUUAUCCAAAUUCGUUUCAGGAAAGUAGAUGUGUUGUGUUAAAGAAUUCUAUGUUUAAGUAACUUUAUUUGUAAUAAAACACCGUUUCCCUUUCUAA